AUGAAGGAAGGCGUCGGGCUCCCCUUGCGUCACGUCGGGGACGUCGUCGUCGAUGGAAUUCCUGUCCAGAUCGCCCCCAGCGUCUCCGAGGAGACCGCGAAAGCGUCAUACCAGGAUCAGCGGCUGCGUCGGCGAGGUGCCUUGACGCUCCUUGCCCUCGCCACGCCGCUCUGGACCUGCUUGAUCCUUGUCACUUUCCUGCCCGAGCACCAGCAGCGUCCUCUAGAGGUGACAAUCUACGUGCUAUCGGGGGCUCUGCUUCUUGGUGGUGUCGUCUUCCUGACGCGCAUGUGCCUCACGACAAACUGGAAAGACAGGGCCGCCGCCACGUUUGGCCGCAGUGGUGGAGCACUCAGCUCCAACGCAGCGUGCGCGAUUUCCUCGCUCUUCGUCAUGGUCGUUGGCGCUCUGGCGUCGACGUGGGCUGCCGCGUCGCUCGCCCUGUUUGGAAUCUGGAAGCUGUUUCUCGAGGACGAACACUCCUUCGUCGACGACACGAUGAACGACACUGAAGGCUUUGCAGCGCGCGUUGGUUUAUUCUUGGCGUAUUGCCUCAUUCUUCCCUUUGUAGUCAUGGUCCUCGUUCCGAUUCGAUUCGUCGUCAUUGUUUGCCCUUGUUGGGCCCUUGCUUCUGUCUUCCAAGCGGUCGCAUUCAAGUACGUCCGCUGGUGGCCGUCUGUGAUGGCGCUGGUGGGCGUGGCAGCAAUCGGGCUGACGCUGGACGGCGACUACCGGUUCGCGCGGGAGAAGAAUUGCGACCUGCGUUUGCUCGACUUCGAGACGUUCGGCGGCUUCGGGGACGGCGUCCGCAGAAUUCUUCGGCAGGCGGCGGACCAGCUGAGUAACAAACUUUCGCACGCUCAGCACCUCGAUGAGGUCACAUGGACCACCAAGAACUGGCACGGGCUGCAGAUGCAGCGCUUGUCUGUCGUUCUCCACACCGCCGUGGCGUGGCAGACGGUGAACGAGCUAGCGUGCGGGGACAGCGGCAUUGUGCACGGAGCUAAGUGCAUUGCCGUUCUUAACGGAGUCGCUUAG